AUGAAAGCUGAUGAAGUGUCGCAUACAUUUUGUGGAUCUCGAGCUUAUGUUGCACCUGAAUUAUUGAGGUCAUAUCCAUAUAACGGUUUCCUGGCAGAUAUUUGGAGUACAGGUAUAUUGCUAUAUGUUAUGGUUACCGGAUUUAUGCCAUAUGAUGAUCGAAAUAUCAAUAAAAUGCUUGAAAACAAUUGCAACAUCGUAAAAGAACUUAUCUAUGCUAUGGUACAUCCGGUACCAUUAAAACGACGACCAUAUGACGAAAUUAUCAAAUCGUCAUGGCUUGCUGAUAUAAAAAUUGGCAACAAAUUAUUCUCAUUGGCAGUUGGCAUGCAUUUCAUCUAUUUCUUCUUCUUUUUUUUGCAACUGAACAAUAUUCAAACAACCGUAGCGCAAACGGAUCAAACAGAACCAUUGGAUUUAUCAAUAUCAAAAGUGAAAGAGAAAGGCAAUGCAUUACAAGGCUUAUCAAUGGAAAGAAAGUGUGAAGAAGAAAUUGGACUGCAAUUGCUUCAAACAAAAACAUUGUAUUCAACCGCUUCAAAAGUCAGUGAUGAACGAAUUCCAAUCGAAACAGUGAUGAAAGUAAUGGAAAUGUCAAAGCAGGAAAGUAGAACGAAAAAGAAGCAACGCCACGAUGUACACCAAAAGCAAGAACAUACGAUGACUCAUACCGAUGAGAAGCCGUACAGUUGUCCGACAUGUAAAAAGAAUUUCACUAACUCCAGUAAUAUGAAAAAACAUAUGCUGACUCAUACCGGUGAAAAGCCGUACAGUUGUCCAACAUGCAAAAAGAAUUUUACUCAGUUCAGUAAUAUGAAAAAACAUGUGAUGAUUCAUACCGGUGAGAAGCCGUACAGUUGUUCAAUAUGCAAAAAGAAUUUCACUCAGUUCGGAGAUAUGAAAAAACAUAUGAUGAUUCAUACAGGUGAAAAGCCGUACAGUUGUCCGAUAUGCGGAAAAUGUUACACUCGAAGAUACAUUUUGCAGUCUCACAUGGUAGCGCAAACGGAUCAAACAGAACCAUUGGAUUUAUCAAUAUCAAAAGUGAAAGAGAAAGGCAAUGCAUUACAAGGCUUAUCAAUGGAAAGAAAGUGUGAAGAAGAAAUUGGACUGCAAUUGCUUCAAACAAAAACAUUGUAUUCAACCGCUUCAAAAGUCAGUGAUGAACGAAUUCCAAUCGAAACAGUCAUGAAAGUAAUGGAAAUGUCAAAGCAGGAAAGUAGAACGAAAAAGAAGCAACGCCACGAUGUACACCAAAAGCAAGAACAUACGAUGACUCAUACCGAUGAGAAGCCGUACAGUUGUCCGACAUGCAAAAAGAACUUUACUCAGUUCAGUAAUAUGAAAAAACAUAUGAUGACUCAUACCGGUGAGAAGCCGUGCAGUUGUCCAAUGUGCAAAAAGAAUUUUACUCAGUUCAGUAAUAUGAAAAAACAUAUGAUGACUCAUACCGGUGAGAAAGCGUACAGUUGUUCAAUAUGCAAAAAGAAUUUCACUCAGUUCAGUAAUAUGAAAAAACAUAUGAUGACUCAUACCGGUGAGAAGCCGUACAGUUGUUCAAUAUGCAAAAAGAAUUUCACUCAGUUCGGGGAUAUGAAAAAACAUGUGAUGACUCAUACCGGUGAGAAGCCGUACAGUUGUUCAAUAUGCAAGAAGAAUUUCACUCAAUUCGGGGAUAUGAAAAAACAUAUGAUGACUCAUACCGGUGAAAAGCCGUACAGUUGUCCGACAUGCAAAAAGAACUUCACUGAGUCCGGCAAUAUGAAAAGGCAUGUGAUGAGUCAUACGGGUGAAAAACCAUACAGUUGCCCGAUAGAAGUUCGCACCGAAUCAGUAGCGCAAACGGAUCAAACAGAACCAUUGGAUUUAUCAAUAUCAAAAGUGAAAGAGAAAGGCAAUGCAUUACAAGGCUUAUCAAUGGAAAGAAAGUGUGAAGAAGAAAUUGGACUGCAAUUGCUUCAAACAAAAACAUUGUAUUCAACCGCUUCAAAAGUCAGUGAUGAACGAAUUCCAAUCGAAACAGUCAUGAAAGUAAUGGAAAUGUCAAAGCAGGAAAGUAGAACGAAAAAGAAGCAACGCCACGAUGUACACCAAAAGCAAGAACAUACGAUGACUCAUACCGAUGAGAAGCCGUACAGUUGUCCGACAUGCAAAAAGAACUUCACUGAGUCCGGCAAUAUGAAAAGGCAUGUGAUGAGUCAUACGGGUGAAAAACCAUACAGUUGUCCGAUAUGCGGGAAAAGUUCCACUCAUCCCGGUAAUAUGAAAAAACAUAUGAUGACUCAUACCGGUGAGAAGCCGUGCAGUUGUCCGAUUUGCAAGAAGAAUUUCACUGAUUCCAGUAAUAUGAAAAGACAUAUGAUGACUCAUACCGGUGAGAAGCCGUGCAGUUGUCCGAUUUGCAAGAAGAAUUUCACUGACUCCAGUAAUAUGAAAAAACAUAUAAUGACUCAUACCGGUGAAAAGCCGUACAGUUGCCCGACAUGUAAAAAGAAUUUCACUAACUCCGAUAAUAUGAAGCAACACAUGCUGACUCAUACCGGUGAAAAGCCGUACAGUUGUCCAACAUGCAAAAAGAAUUUUACUCAGUUCAGUAAUAUGAAAAAACAUGUGAUGAUUCAUACCGGUGAGAAACCGUACAGUUGUUCAAUAUGCAAAAAGAAUUUCACUCAGUUCGGAGAUAUGAAAAAACAUAUGAUGAUUCAUACAGGUGAAAAGCCAUACAGUUGUCCGAUAUGCGGAAAAUGUUACACUCGAAGAUACAUUUUGCAGUCUCACAUGGUAGCGCAAACGGAUCAAACAGAACCAUUGGAUUUAUCAAUAUCAAAAGUGAAAGAGAAAGGCAAUGCAUUACAAGGCUUAUCAAUGGAAAGAAAGUGUGAAGAAGAAAUUGGACUGCAAUUGCUUCAAACAAAAACAUUGUAUUCAACCGCUUCAAAAGUCAGUGAUGAACGAAUUCCAAUCGAAACAGUCAUGAAAGUAAUGGAAAUGUCAAAGCAGGAAAGUAGAACGAAAAAGAAGCAACGCCACGAUGUACACCAAAAGCAAGAACAUACGAUGACUCAUACCGAUGAGAAGCCGUACAGUUGUCCGACAUGCAAAAAGAACUUUACUCAGUUCAGUAAUAUGAAAAAACAUAUGAUGACUCAUACCGGUGAGAAGCCGUGCAGUUGUCCAAUGUGCAAAAAGAAUUUUACUCAGUUCAGUAAUAUGAAAAAACAUAUGAUGACUCAUACCGGUGAGAAAGCGUACAGUUGUUCAAUAUGCAAAAAGAAUUUCACUCAGUUCAGUAAUAUGAAAAAACAUAUGAUGACUCAUACCGGUGAGAAGCCGUACAGUUGUUCAAUAUGCAAAAAGAAUUUCACUCAGUUCGGGGAUAUGAAAAAACAUGUGAUGACUCAUACCGGUGAGAAGCCGUACAGUUGUUCAAUAUGCAAGAAGAAUUUCACUCAAUUCGGGGAUAUGAAAAAACAUAUGAUGACUCAUACCGGUGAAAAGCCGUACAGUUGUCCGACAUGCAAAAAGAACUUCACUGAGUCCGGCAAUAUGAAAAGGCAUGUGAUGAGUCAUACGGGUGAAAAACCAUACAGUUGCCCGAUAGAAGUUCGCACCGAAUCAGUAGCGCAAACGGAUCAAACAGAACCAUUGGAUUUAUCAAUAUCAAAAGUGAAAGAGAAAGGCAAUGCAUUACAAGGCUUAUCAAUGGAAAGAAAGUGUGAAGAAGAAAUUGGACUGCAAUUGCUUCAAACAAAAACAUUGUAUUCAACCGCUUCAAAAGUCAGUGAUGAACGAAUUCCAAUCGAAACAGUCAUGAAAGUAAUGGAAAUGUCAAAGCAGGAAAGUAGAACGAAAAAGAAGCAACGCCACGAUGUACACCAAAAGCAAGAACAUACGAUGACUCAUACCGAUGAGAAGCCGUACAGUUGUCCGACAUGCAAAAAGAACUUCACUGAGUCCGGCAAUAUGAAAAGGCAUGUGAUGAGUCAUACGGGUGAAAAACCAUACAGUUGUCCGAUAUGCGGGAAAAGUUCCACUCAUCCCGGUAAUAUGAAAAAACAUAUGAUGACUCAUACCGGUGAGAAGCCGUGCAGUUGUCCGAUUUGCAAGAAGAAUUUCACUGAUUCCAGUAAUAUGAAAAGACAUAUGAUGACUCAUACCGGUGAGAAGCCGUGCAGUUGUCCGAUUUGCAAGAAGAAUUUCACUGACUCCAGUAAUAUGAAAAAACAUAUAAUGACUCAUACCGGUGAAAAGCCGUACAGUUGCCCGACAUGUAAAAAGAAUUUCACUAACUCCGAUAAUAUGAAGCAACACAUGCUGACUCAUACCGGUGAAAAGCCGUACAGUUGUCCAACAUGCAAAAAGAAUUUUACUCAGUUCAGUAAUAUGAAAAAACAUGUGAUGAUUCAUACCGGUGAGAAACCGUACAGUUGUUCAAUAUGCAAAAAGAAUUUCACUCAGUUCGGAGAUAUGAAAAAACAUAUGAUGAUUCAUACAGGUGAAAAGCCAUACAGUUGUCCGAUAUGCGGAAAAUGUUACACUCGAAGAUACAUUUUGCAGUCUCACAUGGUAGCGCAAACGGAUCAAACAGAACCAUUGGAUUUAUCAAUAUCAAAAGUGAAAGAGAAAGGCAAUGCAUUACAAGGCUUAUCAAUGGAAAGAAAGUGUGAAGAAGAAAUUGGACUGCAAUUGCUUCAAACAAAAACAUUGUAUUCAACCGCUUCAAAAGUCAGUGAUGAACGAAUUCCAAUCGAAACAGUCAUGAAAGUAAUGGAAAUGUCAAAGCAGGAAAGUAGAACGAAAAAGAAGCAACGCCACGAUGUACACCAAAAGCAAGAACAUACGAUGACUCAUACCGAUGAGAAGCCGUACAGUUGUCCGACAUGCAAAAAGAACUUUACUCAGUUCAGUAAUAUGAAAAAACAUAUGAUGACUCAUACCGGUGAGAAGCCGUGCAGUUGUCCAAUGUGCAAAAAGAAUUUUACUCAGUUCAGUAAUAUGAAAAAACAUAUGAUGACUCAUACCGGUGAGAAAGCGUACAGUUGUUCAAUAUGCAAAAAGAAUUUCACUCAGUUCAGUAAUAUGAAAAAACAUAUGAUGACUCAUACCGGUGAGAAGCCGUACAGUUGUUCAAUAUGCAAAAAGAAUUUCACUCAGUUCGGGGAUAUGAAAAAACAUGUGAUGACUCAUACCGGUGAGAAGCCGUACAGUUGUUCAAUAUGCAAGAAGAAUUUCACUCAAUUCGGGGAUAUGAAAAAACAUAUGAUGACUCAUACCGGUGAAAAGCCGUACAGUUGUCCAGUAUGCAAAAAGAGCUUCAUUGAGUCCGGCAAUAGAAAAAGGCAUAUGAUGACACAUGCCGGUAGAAAACCGUACAGUUGUUCAGUAUGCAAAAAGAAUUUCACUCAGUUCGGGGAUGUGAAAAAACAUAUGAUGACUCAUACCGGUGAGAAACCAUACAAUUGUCCGAUAUGCAAAAGGAAUUUCACUAACUCCGCUAAUAUUAAGCAACACAUGCUGACUCAUGCCGGUCAAAAGCCGUACAGUUGUCCAACAUGCAAAAAAAAUUUUACUCAGUUCAGUAAUAUGAAAAAACAUGUGAUGAUUCAUACCGGUGAGAAGCCGUACAGUUGUUCAAUAUGCAAAAAGAAUUUUACUCAAUUGGGAAAUAUGAAAAUACAUAUGAUGAUUCAUACCGGUGAGAAGCCGUACAGUUGUUCAAUAUGCAAGAAAAGUUUCACUCAGUUCGGGGAUAUGAAAAAACAUAUGCUGAUUCAUACCGGUGAAAAGCCGUACAAUUGUCCAAUAUGCAGAAAAAGUUUCACACAAAAAUACCAUUUGCAGUCUCACAUGCUAACUCAUGAUAUAAACAGACCAGUCUACCACUGUACUGUAUGCAGUAAAGAUUUUCAGACUAAAUGCGGAUUGAAAUUACACAUGCGGGAUCAUUAA